CCCGGAAGCUCCGAGUCCAGCCGUUCCCGGGGCCGCUUGGAGCAUUCGCGGGGCGCGAGGAGCUCGGAGCAAGACGUUGCGCUUUGCAAUGGCGAAGGAAGCCGUGCUGUGUUGUAUCCUGCUGGCUUGCAGCCUCCAAAUGCUGCUUGCCGACGGCCGAGAACCUUCUGUCCAAAUGUACACUCGUCAUCCCGUGGAGAUUGGCAAGGAGAACACCGUGCAGUGCUACGUUGACCGAUUCCAUCCUCCCAAAAUCAACAUCACGCUUUUGAAGAACAACCAGCCAAUGGAGAGUCGGCGCAGCGACCUGUCUUUUCACCCCGACUGGACCUUCCAUCAACUCGUCUAUGCCCAUGUCACGAUGGAUGCGAAUGCUGAGUACACCUGCAGGGUUGAGCACGAAGCCUUGACUCAGCCCAAAAUUGUCAGACUCGAGUACUGAGCAUCUUUUCCCAGGAUAAAAAGAUUGGAAGAACUUUACACUCGGAGAUGCGUUCCUGUGCUGUACUUGCUUUCAAAUGACUUUAUUUUGAUUUUUACCCUGCCCUAACAUUGAUAAUACAAUAUUAUAAACAAGUGAAUUACUCAACCAAAUCACUUGACCAGAUAUCUUUAAAAAUACAAGAUAACUUUUUGGUGGACAUCCUUCUUUAUGCUACAUUCCAACAGGAGUCUCAUCCAAUAUGUCUAGCUACUUGUUCAGUAAAAAGGGACGGUAGGGAAAGGAGAAAAGAAAAGGGAAGGGAAGAGAGGAGAGGAGAGGAGAGGAGGUAUAGAAAAUAGGUGGAGGGAGGGAUGGAAGAGGGGAAAUGGAGAUAAUUAUUAUAUUGGUGUAAGCACUGAAUUAGGUGUGCUGGGUACCUCCCAAGACCUGUUGCUGGACAAAGGUUGAGAUUUUGAGUGAUGUGGAUUUAGAAAAGGCAUCCUUUUGUGAAUGAGAGAAGUUGGAAUGCCUCUUCGAAGAGAAUUAUUGCUUCUCCCCCAGUGUUCGUAAAUUCCAGUUUAAAAAUAAUUAAAUCUUUUUUUUAAAGGAAAUAUUGUGAUUGCAAAAAUAGAGCUUUCCUUUAUGUAUCUCCAGGUAUUACAUCAAGUGAAGAUCUUGCAGCUUAAGUUUUGACAGCAAUGUAGCUUUUCAUUGUGUUGCUUUUGAUAAAAGUUAAUCUGUUAUUUCUGGAAUGUUGUUGGGCUAAGAAGACAUACAGGUAGUUUAAAGAUCUACAGAUAGUUUUCUUGGCUACAGAUCAGUUUCUUAUCACUCUGAAAUGCAACUGAAAUGUCUUCUCACAAUAAAGUACACUUACUGACCUUUAA